GAGCGCGUCCCUCCCCCUUCAUCUCCAAGCGGCAGCUCCCCCUCAUCCAAGUACACUCAUGGCGACUGACGCUGGCUCUUACCAAUCAGCGUCCGACCCGGCGACCGGUUGUCCACUCCGUGACGAGAAAGCAGUUUGAGCGGCGUCUGUAAGGGCGGGACGUAGGAGGAGGAAUAGGCGGGGCUUCGAGUGGGCGCGUCUCUCGCGGCAAGUUGGGCUGCAUCGCAGCGCAUACACUACAAUGGCUGCUGGAGAGAGGGGAAAGCAAACAAUUUCCAGGCCCGCAGCGUCCAGGCAAAAAUAUGGGAAAAAAAUUAUUAAAAAAUCGGAAAGGCACCUAAACCCCGGAAAUCGACCGUAGGAAGGAUGUUAAGGCGCCCGCGAACUUCAAAAAUGGAACGUUAUACAGUUUGGUCUCCUCCACAAAGUACAAGCGGGACUGGUUAAGACCACAAUUUGAAACAAAAGGCUAUUGGAUAAACAUAAGUCCCCUUUUGAAUUUUUCCCCCCGACCACAUGGAACUUGCGAAGCCACUUAAAGCUCUGUCACUUAGUGGAUUUGGGCAGUUGCCAAGUGUCCAACAAGAAGGCCUGGUUUAGAGUGCGAUGGCCACGGUCAUUCACGGUGAUCUGUCAGAAGUAAGAGAUACCCAGAAAGUCCCUUCAGGGAAGCGCAAGCGUGGUGAAACCAAACCAAGAAAAAACUUCCCCUGCAAUCUGUGUGACAAAGCGUUUAACAGUGUCGAAAAAUUAAAGGUUCAUUCAUACACUCACACGGGUGAAAGGCCCUACAAGUGUACACAGCAAGACUGCCCCAAGGCUUUUGUUUCUAAAUACAAAUUACUAAGGCAUAUGGCUACUCAUUCUCCAGAGAAAACCCACAAGUGUAACUAUUGUGAGAAAAUGUUUCACCGUAAAGAUCACUUAAAGAAUCACCUCCAUACCCAUGAUCCCAAUAAAGAAGCAUUCAAAUGUGAAGAAUGUGGAAAAAACUACAACACCAAACUUGGUUUUAAACGUCAUUUGGCUUUGCACGCUGCAACAAGUGGAGACCUUACUUGCAAAGUAUGCUUGCAGACUUUUGAAAGCACAGCAGUGCUACUCGAGCACCUGAAAACUCAUGCAGGAAAAUCCGCCAGUGGUGUUAAAGAGAAAAAGCACCAAUGUGAGCAUUGUGAUCGACGCUUUUACACGCGCAAGGAUGUCCGCAGACACAUGGUAGUGCACACUGGGAGAAAAGACUUCCUUUGUCAGUAUUGUGCACAGAGAUUUGGGCGUAAGGAUCAUCUAACUCGUCAUAUGAAGAAAAGUCAUAAUCAAGAACUGCUAAAAGUCAAAACUGAACCCAUGGACCUCUUGGAUCACUUCACCUGCAGUGUUCCAAUUAAAGAUGAGCUGCUUCCUGUGAUGUCAUUACCUGCAAAUGAGUUGACAUCAAAGCCAUUCACAAAUAGUUUGCAGCUGAACCUCUACAACACACACAUUCAGUCCAUGCAGAGUUCUUCAACUACACACCAAAUGGUUGCACCACCAUUGUCUUUGGGCAUGACAUGCCCCUUGGACAUGGAUCCUGUCCAUCCUUCUCACCAGCUUUCUCUGAAAUACCCACUUAAUUCUACCUCAUAUGCACUGUCAAUGUCUGAGAAAGAACAACCAUUGAAAGGGGAAAUAGAAAGUUACCUAAUGGAAUUGCAAAGUGGCAUGCCACCUUCCUCCCAAGACUCCCCAUCAAACGCCUCAAAAUUAGGAUUAGAUCCACAAGUAGUACCAUUAGAUGAUGGUACUGAUGGAGCAUCUCUUUCAAAAAGUUCUGCUAUUAGUGAACCUCUUAAUCCAUCUUCGUUAGACUUUAAUCAGUUGUUCAACUUUAUACCUUCCAAUGGUCCUCCGUACAACGCUCCUGUAUCGGUUGGAAAUUUAGGUAUGGACUACUCUCAAGAGGAUGCCCAUUCUUCAAUGGCACAGCUCCCACCACAACCACAGGAUCCUCAAGACCCUAGCAAUAAUAUGUGUUUUGGAUCUCUACACUCGUUGUCCUCUGCUUUCACAAGCAGUUUAAAUACCACCACCACAUUGCCACGGUUUCAUCAAGCUUUCCAGUGAGAGUUGAUAUGAGAUUAGCAUAGAUAGCUUAUUUUACUCUUAGUGCCAAUGAAAGACUUUGAAACACCUUUUGAUAGUUUUAGGAAUAACAAUCUCAUUAAGCCAGUACAUUUUUAGCUCUUCACUUUUUUUUUUUUUAUAUAAAUCUUCAUAAUUGUUUACCUUAUUUUUGCAACGUAUUUGCAUUUUCCACUGCCAUCCGUUUUUAAAGUUAAUUCCCGUGAAAUUAACUCACGCUGUCAAUUUCAUUGAUCAAACAUAUCAGUCAACAUCUGGUUUUAAGAGAGAAUAUCUUUAUCAUAGAUUUUAUAUAUAAAGAAAAAUCUACCUAAUUGGCGGAAUUUUGUAGAACUCUCAAGUGCACCAAACCUUUAUUUAAAAUGUAAUUUUGCAUUUGGCUUACUUAGUUCUAUUAUAGCCUGUAGGAGUUUCAAUUGAGAUAAAUUGGUAGCACUUUCUAUAUAAAUGAAUAUGUAUUUUGUUUCAGUUUGGCAUAAUAUUCUAAUCCCUAGUGUAUGAUUUUAUUAACCUUUUUUUUGUGUUCCGUUACUUUAAUUCUAAAAAAAAAAAACAAGCGGUAAAUCCAUUCCUUUUAGACAUGGCAUGAUGCUUAUAUUAAUGAACUACUCCAUAUGUGCCUUCUAUAUGCCAGUGUAAACUAUAAAUAUA